GUGGAAGAUGAUGGAGGACGAGUGCAUAGCUUGCCCUACCUUCAAGUCAGCGUGCCGAAUACUGUUGACUAAUCAGGGUUGACUCUAGAUUAACCGAGGGGGAGUAUGAGGACGUCUUGUCGUACCUUGCAUGUAUUAAUGUUUAAGAUAAGAGGCAGGCAAGGACACGGAUGCUCUCACAAUUUACUCGGAGCGAAAGCGAGCGGAUAUAAGCGGCCGCAUUCGAAGCUUCAUGUUACAUGGCAUUACUGAUACGCACUACCUGCUGCCUGCUCGGAAGAAUGUGGUAGCGAUACGGCCAUAGGGACCAGCAUCCGUUUUCGUGCCGACUGACGAAAAACAGUGCGAGUCCGUCACGAACCCGCGAAGACGUACUUGAUUUGCCACACAAGAGCCAUUCUAUCAAGCAUACAACAGCAUCCCAACUCCAUUCCGAAAUCGUGACACUACCCUCCAACAAGUCAUAUCAUCACGAUGUCAAUCUACUGGGACGCCAUUCGCCAAUGCUUCUUCAUCCCCGCACCCACCUUCACCGAAAACGACCUCCCCUCCCAAGCCGGCCGCGUCUUCAUCGUAACCGGCGGCUACACCGGCGUCGGCAAAGAACUAAGCUCCAUGCUCUACCAGAAGAACGGCACCGUCUACCUCGCCGGCCGCAGUAAAGACAAAGCGGACGCGGCCAUCGCCGACAUCCAGAAAGCCCAUCCAUCUUCCGACGGCCGUGUGGAGUUCUUGAAACUAGACCUCGCCGACCUCACCACCAUCAAACCCUCGGUCGACGACUUCCUCCGUCGAGAACAACGCCUGGACGUCCUGACCAACAACGCCGGCGUCAUGACCCCACCCCUCGGCUCCCUCACCGCCCAAUCCCACGAACUGCAAAUGGGGACAAACUGUCUAGGCCCCUACCUCUUCACCACCCUCCUAACCCCAAUCCUCCAAAAAACCGCCGCCACAUCCCCACCCGGCUCCGUGCGCGUGACUUGGGCCGCCUCCCUCGCCACAAUGGGCGCACCAACCGGCGGCGUGACCUUCGAAGCAAACUCGGGCGGCGUAAAAAUCUUCCACGACCGUUUCACAGACUACGCCCAAUCCAAAGCCGCCAACGUCUUCCUCUCCCGCGAAUACCAAUCCCGCAUCGGCAACGCCUCCAACAUCGCCUCCAACGCCUGGAACCCGGGCAACCUCCUCAGCGAAUUGCAACGGCAUCAAAGGGGGCUCGAGGCGUGGUUCACGGCGAAACUGUGCUACCCGCCCCGUUUGGGGGGGUAUACGGAGCUGUUUGCGGGGUGGAGCGAGGAGGCUGGCGCAAGGGAGAAUUGGGGACGGUAUGUAGGUCCGUGGGGGAGGUUCGUGGGGUUGAGAAGCGAUAUUGAGGGGAAUGGGGAGAGGGCGGGGAGGUUUUGGGAGUGGUGUGAGAGGGAGACGAAGGCGUAUCGUUGAGCGCUCUUGGUUGAUAUUGUGAGCGGGCGCGUAGAGUUAUUUGUGCAAGUGAUGGGUUAGACUUGAGCGUGCAGACAGCGGCUUCAAAGAUGUGCCGAGUUAGCUAUUGACAAGUAAUUAUAUGUUAUCAUAACCUACUAGAAAGAGGAUAGCUAGAAGUUACUAAGAUAAAC